UAGGUUCGGUUCGACUGCGAUUAUUAUUUGACUGACGAAUCCCUCUGGCCAUCGCAUACAAAGCGGUCUUCGAGAAACGAACAAUCCAGCUACCUAGGUACUCUUCAAUGACUACCAUUGAUCACAGCCACCGACAGGUGGAAAAAAGAAAUCGCCCCCCUGUUUCUUGCGAACCAUGCCGAACUCGAAGAAUAAAGUGCAAUCGCGGCUUACCAUGUGAUACCUGCAUAAGGCGUGAUAAGGCCUCGCUUUGUAACUAUGCGACUAAUGCCAACAGAAAUAAGCAUGGAACACCAAAGCCACGCAAAAUGAAAGACAGACUGGAUAGUCUUGAAACUCUGGUCUCAUCAUUCCUAUCAGGUGAUGCCGUUCUUCAGCCUCGGCGACUUGCCCCAAAUUCAGCCAAGGGUAGCCAUACUAUCAUCCCAUCAUCCGAGCACGAUAGCAGACCUGCAAACCAAGAUUCGGCAUCUCCCAGUGUAAGUGGAGGAGCAAAUGCGCUUACCCCUGAAUCCCCCUAUCUUCAAGAGAGUGAAGAUGGUCAAGUGAACUAUAUCGACCCCAGUCAUUGGCUAUCGAUUUUGGACGAUAUCAAAGAAGUCAAGGAACAUUUAUCCGUAUCAAAUCGGCCUUUACCACAAAAUGAGACUGGCUUUGGUGUGGAUCGCGCAGUAUCAGACGCCAGCUUUUUGUUCAACUUGAACCGCCACUUGACUCUGGAGGAAGUUCUAAGUUCAUUGCCUUCCCAACCAAUAUGCGACAUGCUGCUCUCUUGGUAUUUUAACUCUCGGUUCAUGGUUCUUGGGAUCGUGCAUCCAGCUAAAUUCCAAAAUGAGUACGCUGCCUUCUGGGAUUCUCCGUCGACGACACCACCCCUUUGGAUAGCUCUACUGUUCUCCGUACUCACCAUAACAGCAAGCUUGCGUCGGAUAUCGAACAUACCGGAGCCUGAUGGGUCGAUCCCCCCAAUAAGCAUACUACAUCAGAGAACGGUGGACUGUCUUGUUCUUGGGCAGUACGCUACCGCUAACGAACACGCACUCGAGGCGUUUAUAAUACAUCUUCAGAGCUGUUUCUUCAGCAACAAUGGCCGCUCUGUCGAUCUGUGGUUCGAGAUGGGCACUAUCAUCCGGUUAGCAUUUCGAAUGGGGUACCACCGUGACCCAAGUAAACUCGCCGGCAUCUCUCCCUUCGAUGGUGAAAUGAGGCGACGGGUAUGGCUCAACAUAUUCCAGAUUGAUGCGCUGAUGUCCUACCAGAUGGGGUUCCCGAGCAUGAUCCCCACCGAGUUUUGCGACACGGAGAUACCGCGCAAUUUGGAAUACUCCGAUCUCAAUGUUGAUAUGAAAGCUCUUCCACCGUCGAAGCCUCUUUCUGAGAACACGCCUGUUUUAUACACGAUAGUCAAGGCUAGUGUGAUGGGUGUCUUCAAGAAGAUCGUUGCGAACACGCAGUCGCUCACGGUGCCAGCCUACAGCAAAACAAUUGAACUGGACACUGAAAUGGAAGACGUUUAUGGUAGAAUACCAGAGCAGUUGAAAGGACGAGAUGUGAACCAUUCCUUCAUAGAUCACCCUUGUCUUAUAUGGAAUCGAUGCACAAUCGAGCUCCUCUACCUCAAGGGGCUCAUCAUUCUUCAUCGACGAUACAUCAACUACGAACCGCAAAGUUCCGAAUUUGAAUUCUCUAGGCGCGCUUGCGCCGAGGCAGCUCUCAAGAUUGUCACUCGCCAAGUCGACAUACAUAAAGCAUGCUCACCGGGUGGGCGGCUGUGCGAGGACCGGUGGAUGUUCCUUUCACUCCCUGUACACGAUUUCCUCUUGGCCGCUGUAGUGAUAUGCCUGGAUCUAUCCGUCCGCAUGAGAUCUCCACAGCAAAACUUGCCGGAAAGCACGGAUCUACAGCAGCUUGCUGCUCGAGAAUACAGAGCCCUCCAGGAGUCUCAGCGGAUAUGGGUUAUCAGCAGUGCAGCAUCUCCUGAAGCACACAUCGCAGCACUUGCGCUGGAUCUGAUGAUAAGAAAGGUGGCGGAGAAUGAUGCUGGUCUUCUUCUUCUAUCGAAUGAUGCGUCGCUUAGAGACACGGAUCUAUCGAAUAACUCGGAGCUACCGUAUGCUGGCGCCAUGUCGCAGAUGAUUGACGGGUCUGAAAGCAUAGAUUGGGGGCUGUUGGAUCAAUACUUACACAACAUGGAUCCUUUGGUUACUGGAUAACAUCACCUAAACUAUGUCUUUCGUCGUUAACUUAGGUCCCCAAGGCAUAAACUACGCUUACAAAAUUGACACUAAUGCCAUAAAGUAUCUGGUAAUAUCGGAGUUUUACUGCAGGUAGUCAAUGUAGAAAGGGUGAAACUUGAAAACCGUAUGAGGCUCUAGGGGGGGGCGGCGUCGGGGCACCCGCCUCGUGCCUACCUAAAUAUCCAUCA